ACCAUGGUGAACCCAGAUCACUUGUUCCAUUGGGCAGACUACCUGAUCUUCUUCAUAACUAUCGCUGUCUCGCUAGGGAUCGGAAUCUACUAUGCCCUAUCAGGCGGAAAACAACGAACCACUUCGGAAUACUUCGUGGGUAAUCGUCGUAUGGCUAUACUUCCGGUGGCCAUUUCGCUGAUGGUUACGUUCGAAUCUUCCAUUAUGAUGCUGGGGACACCAGCGGAGGCUUACGUCUACGGGCUUCAGUGGGUGGUCGGUAAUGCUGGGUUACUUCUCGCUAACAUCCUGUCUGUCUUCGUGGUCGUGCCGCUCAUUCACCCCCUCAAAAUCACCAGCGCAUAUGAGUACUUGGAAUUGAGGUUCGAAUCUCGUCUUGUGCGCACCAUCGCCACUUCUAUAGGUAUUUUGGGCACGAUCGUAUACAUGGGCAUCGUUCUCUUCGGACCUGCUAUAGCCCUGGAGGCAGUUACCGGUCUUCCUCAGUGGACCUCGAUAGUUCUGGUUGCAGUCGCUUCAGUCAUAUACACCGCAAUAGGAGGCCUGAAGGCGGUCAUAUGGACGGACGUGUUCCAGGCUUUCGUGAUGUUCGCAGGAUUCUUUGCCGUUCUAAUCAAGGGAACAGUGCAAAUUGGCGGCAUAGGGAAGACCUGGGAGAUAGCGUACGACAAGGGGCGAGUCAACCUAUUCAAUUUCGACCCUGACCCAACUGUUCGCCACACGUUCUGGAACCUGUUCCUGGGCAACCUCAUUCGAGGGUUCGGUCUCGUCUUCAACCAGUCCUCUAUCCAGAGAAUAAGCUCCACGCCCACCAUCCGCGCCGCCAAAAGAGUGUUCCUAUUUCUGGCUCCCGGUUUCUUCAUCUCCUUGUCCCUUGCGGCCAUUGAAGGGGUCAUAGCAUACUCCUAUUACGAGGUGAAGGGAUGCGACCCCUUGGCGUCCGGUCAGAUUACAAACCCUAAUCAGAUCAUCCCCUAUAUGGUCAUGGACAUAUUUUACGGUAUACCCGGUAUGCCAGGUCUAUUUUUGGCAUCUUUGUUCAGUGCAACUCUCAGCACGCUGUCAUCGGGUCUCAGUAGCAGCUCUGCGCUCAUCUGGACUGAUCUCGUAAAGCCAUUCACCAAACCAAUGACGGAAUUUCGUGCAACGGUCAUCUCUAAAAUUGCUGUUGUCGUGGUCGGAGGUGUGUCGAUUUUCGUCGCCUUCAUGAUUGCAAUGAUUGGUGGAACCCUUAUACAGAUUGCUGGAACUAUGGCAGCCGCGUUUGGCGGACCAUUGACGGGGAUGUUCUUGCUCGGCGCGUUCUGUCCAUGGGCUAACUCGAAGGGAGCUAUCGGCGGGACCGCAAUCUCUGUCGUCACAACAUUCGCCCUCACCCUUGGCCAGAUGAUGACAAAAGGGGCCGUGAGGAACACAAAACUUCCAUCUGGGUCCACUGACAUGUGCCCGGCUCUCAACCUCACCUCUGUGGUACUGGGCCCGGCCGUCAAUCUGACCUCUGUGGUCAUGAACCUGACUGCGUACAGCACUACCUCCCUGUAUAGGGUGGACAUGACAUCUACAUUAACGAAAGCUGAACCAGCGGAACCAACCGGAUUCGAUCGCGUCUUCAUGCUGUCGUAUCAGUGGUUUGGAGUCGUCGCCAUAUUGCAGGUCGUCGUACUUGGCUCCAUCAUUUCCUUCUGUACCGGCCACAAGCGACCCGGGGAGGUUGAGCAGAAAUACCUAAUUCCUUUCUACGACCGCCUGUUUCCUUUCCUUCCCGAGUGCAUCCUGAAGCCGCUCAGAUGCGGAUAUGAGUAUGGACCGGAACCGGAAGAGGAGACAAAGAGUCAAACAGACUAUCGCAUGCUAGACGGUAUUGAACCACACCUCGGGAAGAAAAUCGAUUUGGAAAUGCCCAUAAAUGCGCAUGCGCCGCAAAAAGCCAAUGGAAACGUUCUAGAAGACCACAUCGAGUCGACAGGGACGGUAACUAAAGGCAACAAAGGUCUACAUCCGGACAUUCACGUUCACAGUGAGAAUGGCUCUGUGAAAGAAGAAAAUCGCGUGGCGAGGUCAAUGGAUGACCUCACAGCCAGGUUGCGCCUGCCAGUGCGAGAUAUUGAAAUGACUAUUUAUAGAGCGGACAGUCAGCGGGGCAGCGCAGGGUUUGUGGAGGUUGGCACUGUUGAUACCUUAGCUGCCAUUCAGUUGCGAGCUAAAAGCGUAGAAUUCGAGGUUCUUCCUUUUAAGUAGAGUCGACACGAUGAUUUAUACAAUUAUCAAAUGUAUGUCAUUCCUGGACUUAAUGAAGUUCAUUCGGAGGCAAAUGCAUCAAUUAUACAAACAGGAAAGACGUUUAUCUGUAACGAGCAUUUGUACUUAGUUAUUUGAUAUCGAAAGAACACUACAACGUUUAUUUGCUAGGUUUAUAUAAUGAACCUCGCUCGGGGUAUACGGGGUUUGGUGGUUGUGUGUUAAGUGUCGUUCCAGAUUAGCAAAAGCCGACGCAAGCCAAUCAGGGACGACACGUUCCGCCUAAACUGGACUUUGGCUAAGAUGAGACUAACCACCGUAGCGCACAGGCAAAUCCGGGACAACAUUUACAAACAUGCAUUAAACCCCGUUUUCGUGUAAUUGACUUAUAAGUAGAUAUAAUAAAUCAUGAUUUAUACAAUUAACAAAUGGGAUGAAUAGUGUUUUUUUUUAAAACAACUACAACAAGAAUGAUGCAAAACAAAAAAGGUAUUGUUCUUUGUAAUACUGUCGAAGUUUUUUAGUGAAAUAAUACCACCAGUUUACCAGUCCAGAAACUGUACAUAAUCGUUAUUAUUUAUUAACAAAUUUAUCCCAUGUAUGUGAUAGGCAUACACAUUUUGUCCUAAAUAUAUCGUUAUUUCAUAUAAAU